UUUUUAAUUCCCGACAUAAAUUAUCUUAAUAUUCAAGUUUUCCUCUCUUAUAUCUUUUAACUCUUUAUAUUUCUUUUCCACACGUCUCUCUUUCAUUUUUCCCCUUACAAUAGAGCUUCCCUCUAAUCUUCUUAUAGCUAAGAAAUUUAUUCAAACAACACUACCUUUGGUUUACAUGGAUUCCAUCGACAAGAGCAACAUUAAAAUCCAUGAACACAUUAAAGUUACUCCUCCAUCAUCAACCCAAAAAACAACAACCCCUCUUACUUACUUUGACAUAUUUUGGCUUAGGUUCCAUCCGGUAGAACGUGUUUUCUUCUACACCCUCCCAAAUUCACAUUCACACACUUCUUUCUUUUUCCAAAAACUUGUUCCAAUUCUCAAAUCUUCAUUCUCUUUAACCCUCCAACACUUUCUUCCUUUAGCUGGUAAAAUCGUUUGGCCUUCUGAUUCUCCACAACCAUUCAUCCAAUUCAAUCCAAAUGAUGAUGGAGUUUCCUUUAUCAUUGCAGAGUCUGAUUUAGAUUUCAAUCAUGCUAUUGAAAAAUCACCCCAUGAAGCUUCUUUGUCUCGCUCUUUUAUACCACAUUUGGAAUCAACUGAUUCUUUUGCUUCUAUUAUCUCAAUUCAGAUAACCUUUUUUCCGGAAAGUGGUUUUUCCAUUGGAAUAAGCACUCACCAUGCUAUUCUAGAUGGAAAAUCCUCAAUCAUGUUCAUCAAAGCUUGGGCUUAUCUAUGCAACAAAACCAUUGAAACCGAAGAACCACCAACUUUGUUGCGAGAAUUACAACCAUUAUUUGAUAGGAAUAUCGUGAAAGAUCUAGAUGAACUUGGUGAUAAGUUCACAAAUAAUUGGAGAGAGUUCAUAACCAACAUGUUCCCAAAUGAAAAAGGAAACGAAAGAUGCUUGAAGAUUUUAGCUUUUGAACCAAACCUCGAAGACUCUCUUCGUGCUACGUUCAAGCUCACACGUGAAGAUUUGAACAAGAUAAAGCAAAUGGUGUUAACAAAAUGGGAAUUAUUGGACACAAAUGAAUUAAAUUCUAAGCCACCCUGUACGAAUUUCUCACCGGAGGCGAGAAACUCUAGCACCGAUCACAGAGGAAACGCAAAACGUGAGGAAACGCAAAGCCAGAACCGAAUCGCAAAACACAGAGAAGAAGAAAUAAGAAGAAAGCUAGAACCGGAAAGCCAGAAACGCGAGGCCGGAAACGCGAAGCUAGAACCGGAAAGCUAG